GGCGGGGGCCCCGGCCGCCGCCGCCACUGCCGUCGGGGAAGGUCCCAGCGCAGUCAUGGCCUGGCGCGGCGCCCGUCGGGGUCCGAGCCCCCCGCGCCCCGCGCAGUAGCCCCUCGGAGAGGCGGCCCCCACUGUGCCGACGGCGCAGACGGCCGGGCGGGCGGCAUGGAGGAGGCGCACCUGCUCCCGGCCGCCGACGUGCUGCGCCGCUUCUCGGUGACGGCCGAGGGCGGCCUGAGCGCGGAGCAGGUGACCUGCGCGCGGGAGCGCUACGGCCCUAACGAACUCCCGACUGAGGAAGGGAAGUCCCUGUGGGAGCUCGUGCUGGAACAGUUCGAGGACCUCCUAGUUCGAAUCCUGCUGCUGGCCGCCCUGGUCUCCUUCGUCCUGGCCUGGUUUGAGGAGGGCGAGGAGACCACGACAGCCUUCGUGGAGCCCCUGGUCAUCAUGCUGAUCCUUGUGGCCAAUGCGAUCGUGGGCGUGUGGCAGGAACGCAACGCAGAGAGUGCCAUCGAGGCCCUCAAGGAGUAUGAACCUGAGAUGGGCAAGGUGAUACGCGCGGACCGCAAGGGUGUGCAACGCAUCCGUGCCCGGGACAUCGUCCCUGGAGACAUCGUGGAAGUGGCAGUGGGAGACAAAGUGCCUGCCGACCUCCGUCUCAUCGACAUCAAGUCCACCACGCUGAGAGUGGACCAGUCCAUCCUGACCGGUGAAUCUGUGUCUGUGACCAAGCACACGGACGCCAUCCCAGACCCCAGAGCUGUCAACCAGGACAAGAAGAACAUGCUGUUUUCUGGCACCAACAUUGCAUCGGGCAAGGCGGUGGGUGUGGCAGUGGCCACGGGCCUGCACACGGAGCUGGGUAAGAUCCGCAGUCAGAUGGCCGCCGUGGAGCCAGAGCGGACGCCCCUGCAGCAGAAGCUGGACGAGUUUGGGCGGCAGCUGUCUCGCGCCAUCUCCGUGAUCUGCAUGGCCGUGUGGGUCAUUAACAUUGGUCACUUUGCCGAUCCCGCCCACGGCGGCUCCUGGCUUCGAGGUGCUGUCUACUACUUCAAAAUCGCUGUGGCCCUGGCUGUGGCUGCCAUUCCCGAGGGGCUCCCGGCUGUCAUCACUACUUGCCUAGCACUGGGCACGCGGCGCAUGGCCCGUAAGAACGCCAUUGUGCGGAGUCUGCCCUCUGUGGAGACCCUGGGCUGCACCUCGGUGAUCUGCUCAGACAAGACGGGCACGCUCACCACCAAUCAGAUGUCGGUCUGCCGGAUGUUCGUGGUAGCCGAGGCCGGAGCGGGUACCUGCCGUUUGCACGAGUUCACCAUCUCAGGCACCACGUAUGCCCCGGAGGGCGAAGUGCGUCAGGGAGAGCGGCGAGUGCGCUGCGGGCAGUUUGAUGGGCUGGUGGAGCUGGCGACCAUCUGUGCCCUGUGCAAUGAUUCAGCGCUGGACUACAACGAGACCAAGGGUGUGUAUGAAAAGGUGGGAGAAGCCACGGAGACAGCCCUGACCUGCCUGGUGGAGAAGAUGAAUGUUUUUGACACGGACCUGCAGGCUCUCUCCCGGGUGGAGCGAGCUGGCGCCUGCAAUGCGGUCAUCAAGCAGCUGAUGCAGAAGGAGUUCACCCUGGAGUUCUCCCGAGACCGGAAGUCCAUGUCAGUGUACUGCACGCCCACCCGCCCUGGCCUGGCGGCCCAGGGCAGCAAAAUGUUUGUGAAGGGGGCUCCUGAGAGUGUGAUUGAGCGCUGCAGCUCGGUCCGUGUGGGGAGCCGCACAGUACCCCUGGACACCACCUCCAGGGAGCAGAUCCUGGCCACGGUCAAGGAUUGGGGCUCAGGUUUGGACACGCUGCGCUGCUUGGCACUGGCCACCCGCGACAUGCCCCCGAGGAAGGAGGACAUGCAACUGGAUGACUGCAGCAAGUUUGUGCAGUACGAGACGGACCUGACCUUCGUGGGCUGCGUGGGCAUGCUGGACCCUCCGAGGCCCGAGGUGGCUGCCUGCAUCGCACGCUGCCACCAGGCAGGCAUCCGUGUGGUCAUGAUCACAGGGGACAACAAAGCCACAGCCGUGGCCAUCUGCCGCCGGCUUGGCAUCUUCGAGGACACAGAGGACGUGGGGGGCAAGGCCUACACGGGCCGCGAAUUCGAUGACCUCAGCCCCGAGCAGCAGCGCCACUCCUGCCGCACGGCCCGCUGCUUUGCCCGGGUGGAGCCCGCCCACAAGUCCCGCAUUGUGGAGAACCUGCAGUCCUUUAAUGAGAUCACUGCCAUGACAGGAGACGGAGUGAAUGAUGCCCCAGCCCUGAAGAAAGCAGAGAUCGGCAUUGCCAUGGGCUCUGGCACGGCCGUGGCCAAGUCAGCGGCGGAGAUGGUACUCUCAGACGACAACUUUGCCUCCAUCGUGGCUGCAGUAGAGGAGGGCCGGGCCAUCUACAGCAACAUGAAGCAAUUCAUCCGCUACCUCAUCUCCUCCAACGUUGGCGAGGUUGUCUGCAUCUUCCUCACAGCCAUUCUGGGCCUGCCCGAAGCCCUGAUCCCUGUGCAGCUCCUCUGGGUGAACCUGGUGACCGAUGGCCUACCUGCCACAGCCCUGGGCUUCAACCCACCAGACCUGGACAUUAUGGAGAAACGGCCCCGAAACCCUCGAGAGGCCCUCAUCAGUGGCUGGCUACUCUUCCGAUAUCUGGCUAUUGGAGUGUAUGUCGGCCUGGCCACAGUGGCUGCUGCCACCUGGUGGUUCCUGUAUGAUGCCGAGGGACCGCAGGUCACCUUCUACCAGCUGAGGAACUUCCUGAAGUGCUCCGAGGACAACCCGCUCUUUGACGGCAUUGACUGCGAGGUCUUUGAGUCACGCUUCCCCACGACCAUGGCUUUGUCUGUGCUGGUGACCAUUGAGAUGUGCAAUGCCCUGAACAGCGUCUCGGAGAACCAGUCACUGCUGCGGAUGCCACCCUGGCUGAACCCCUGGCUGCUGGCGGCCGUGGCCAUGUCCAUGGCCCUGCACUUCCUCAUUCUGCUUGUGCCGCCCCUGCCUCUCAUCUUCCAAGUGACCCCACUGAACGGGCGCCAGUGGGUGGCGGUGCUCCAGAUAUCGCUGCCUGUCAUCCUGCUCGACGAGGCUUUCAAGUACCUCUCCCGGAAGCACGUGGACGCCUGUCGCAACGCAGGCACUCUCAGGACGGCCUCCCAGACACAGACUGGGCAGCCGCUGACUGCCUCCUCUGGGACCCCAGACCACACUGGAAGACAAGGACCAGAAGUGAGUGCGGGGAGCAGAGUGGAGUCCCCAGCGUGUACCUCAGAGUGACGGUGCCCAAGCGUUCACCUCCGCCCCCACCCCCACCCGCCUGCACACUCGCCUGCUUGCUCACCGGGCUCACCGCCAGGCCUGGCCUGGGGUCUCCGUUCCCACUCCCGCCUGCCUGGGGGCUCUGUGAUUCAGGUCUCUGGGCUCUAGUCCAGGAUCUGCAGCCUGCGAGGGGCCUGCCCGGAGGCUGGAGCUGGCCCGGAGCCCUCCUCCCCAGAUCCUCAAGCACACACACUCACGCUCCCAGCACUUCCCUGCUUGGAGGCGGGGCAUGCCCUUAGCGACCUGCAGGCGUGUCUACACUGAUGGAGUUCUGGGAACCACUCUGAUCUCACAGUUAGUGAGUGCCUGGUCUGGGGCCUGGUCGGCCCCAGGGUGAAGAGGGGACAUCCGGACCCAGCCGUGCACACGAGGACAGACAGCCCCUUCCAUUCCACUCCGCUUCCUCGGAACCGACUCACGAGGGCUUGAGCCUGUUUCUGUUUAUCCAUGCAGGGAGCUGAAGACUCACAGAGAGGGCACGGUGGGGGAGGGGGGCUGGGCAGGGAUCCCCCUUUCCUGGGAAAUGGCCAGCCUGCCCGCCUCAGCUCCAGACUCAGGGUUCUCUGUUCCGAGCAAACGAAACAUGCCAUCUCUGCGUUGCCUGCCCUACCAAGCAGAGGAUGGAGUUGCCUUCUGUGUUCCUGCCGCCUGAGACCCGAGACCUCCUUGGGAUCGCUGAACACUGUGCCCUGCCACCCAGCCCAGGGCUCCGCCAUCUCCAACUCUGCAUGGCCGGGUGGUCCUUGGCCUUAGUCUUUGCCCCUGCCCCCACCCCCAGCCCCGCACACCCAUGAGCCAAAAGGGUGUCUGUCUAAGACACCUUAGACAGGUGUCAUAGCUAAGAAUGGCUGGUUAUCAAGGGCACAUUCCCUCCCUCUGUCCUUGCUGGAGGGACCCACGUGCACCUGCAUCACCUCCCUGGAGGGAAGAGAGCGUUCGAGGGACACACAUGUUUCUCUCCACUCAUUUUUUGCCCCUCCGGCAAAGAUUAGCUUGAUACAGAAGAAGCAGUGAGCAAUGACUGCGUCCUCGCCCCUCCUCGAGAGUGUACAGAGUGAUGAUUUUAUAUGUAAAUCAAGACCCACAUCCUGUCCUGGUCCCCAGAAUCAAAAGCCCCCUCGGCCUGCCUUACAGACAAAUGGGCUCAACAUUCAGUGGCCUCUCCCCCUAGCCUUUGCCCUCCCUUCUCUUGAAAGUGAGAGAACCGAGUCUCCCUGUCUUUGUAGGGGAGGAGGGCGGUGCCGGGGGGCAGGGGCCUGUACCCACCUGCUGACCUGCAGUCUGCUACAGAAAUAAAGGCCGGGUGUCUGGA